AAUAGCUCGGAUUGGCUACCAUCUAAUAUGGGAUUAAACUCACAGUGGCUGCAAUGCAAAUGACCAGGACACCCAGUCGCACCGAAGCACAAAAGAAGUAGCUCUCCAUGAGCACCAUAUUGUUGUCCCAGGACCAACUGAGCCAUCUGUGCUCCAAUUUGGGGUCGACAUUCUGUGGCUUUCCAUUUGAGUUCUGGCCAACGAAUGAUAUAUGCUGGCCAUUUGAAUCGAAAUUUGACGCUUUCAAUAUGAACUCGCAUUACCGCAAGUAUUCAGAUUGGCAUCUUGUACAUGGUUUUGUCAUUUGCUGGGCGGCAAUUAGUGCGCAUUUGUGUUUCUUAUGUGGCCGACUAACCGAAUUCCCUGUGGCACGGAGUACUCAGUUGUGAUUUACUGACCGCCAUUACCGGUAAUAUACCACAUUCAAUAUGUUAUUAAUGGAAUCCUAUAUGUGCUAUUGCUCGGUGCGUCUGGGCGUCAUAAUCGUUUCUGUUCUGGCUAUCAUCCGUGAAUUGGCUCAUAGCAUUACGCUUUUCGCGUUGGGCAUCAAAGUUUUCGAGCCUUUAAACGAUUUGUUCGAGCACGACGCGGAGUUUAAGAACAGAAAGUGGGUUCGAAAGUUCAUCAGUUGGAGUGAAGGCGAUCCCGAGGUCUUAAGCGCAGUUGUUCACAUAAUAUCCUUUAUGCAUUCGGCUGCAGCCUGCUUAAGUAUUUAUGGUGCUAUCAAGUUACGGAAAUGGUUUCUACUGCCCUUGGCAUUCUUCGAGUUUGUCUACUUUAUACACAUUACGUUCCUUCAUAUUGUUCUGAUGAUCAUGCUAAAGAAGCAGAUUAACUUGGGCUUUCUCAUCAUUCUCACACUUUUGGGCUGUUUCUAUAUAUGCAAGUAUUCAGUCUUAGUUGCUAUAGUCACUCACCCCCGACUUCUCUCAGUGUUUGUGGGCUACAAUGCCUGCACCUGCGUGGCCAUGUUCCAGAUCAUCGGACUGGUGAAGAGUGCCCGCUACUGCGAGCUCUACGGAGACGAUCCCUUCCAUCCGCUGGCCAUGAGGAGCAAUCGAUCGAAGGAUUCCGAGAAGCCGCUCCACGUGCUGCGAAUGCACGAGAUGCACGACACAAACAUCGACGAGGAGAAACGGCUGAGCAAGCUGGGCCUGUGGCCACGUCGUCAGCCGCCGGUGGUGUCCGUCCUGCCCGUGCAGGCAGCUUAUCCGCACCCACCGCUGAAGUGGUGGCAGCAGCAGGCCCUGAGCACCGGAGAUGACCACCAGCCGGAUCCGUCUGUCUAUCGCAACUGGCACACCAACGAGCUACUCAACGGAGUGGGCGGCAAUUUCCAGCGCAAGAGUGAGCUGAAUCGACGCUACGCGGAGAAUCAGUUGCAUCGAUGGUACUAAUGGUGUGAUCACUGGUCACAGGAUAACAGUUUGACUGUUGUUAAUCUAUGAAAAUUCACGAAUUAUACACAAACAUCAAAAACAGUUUCAUACCAUACCUAAGCAACUCUUUUUAGCUGUCUUAUCAAACUUUGAAGCUUUCAACUUUAUUAAGUAAAAAAUAAAUACAGAUUGUGAAGGUAACUUAGUAAGACAUAAGAUCAUAUCACAAACGUUAAACAAUUUUGUAACUUCUAUGAACAUUUUUGUUACCACAAUUUUGAAACUUUUAUUCCCAAAGCAAACAGCGUGAAUAUAACAAGCCCUAUCUGCUUAUUCGAUAAGUCUUCGAUUCUUGUGCUCAGCACUUUACCGAGCUAUGCAAUUCAGCAAACCCCGUCCCAACAAUAUCCUUGACUCCCCAGCAGGACGAAAGUUUUCAUCUCCCUGGAUUUUGUUGCCUGGGCUUUUGGCGGGCACUUUGCAUAAACGGC